AUGAUUAAACAACAGCAACCACAGCAACUUAAGGCACAGACCAUUACAUACGCCAUAUAUGCAUAUAAUUCAAAGACGGCAGAACAAACGCAAAUGUUGAAAUAUGGAGAUUUGGAGAUAGUAUUGAAAAAUGACCAUUUCGAAUUCGUUUGCAAAGGUGGUGCAGUGAUAUCAAAUAUAAAAGAAAUUUUAUUUAUGAAUUCAAAAAUUAAAGGUAUAACGGAUGAUAUAACAUCAAUUCCACCAGAAGAACAAAGAUAUUACGCAUUAAAUGCAUUUCCUAAAGUUUUGAAGAUUGGAAGAUUUAAUUUAAAUGAGGAAUUCAUAAAAGGUUUCCUAAAUGACAUAAUGAAGAAAGCAGAUAAGGAAUAUGUGGUUAGUGAGUUAGAGGAGAAAGCAGAUAAGGGACUUGUGGCUAGUGAAUUAAUGAAGAAGGCAGAUAAGGAAUAUGUUAAUGAAAAAGAUAAUGAAAUUAUAGAAAGGGUUGAAUGGUAUCAUGAAUGGACAUCAAAGAUUUUAAAAACUAAAGCCGAUACAGGAUGGGUUUCAGGAUGUUUAGACCUUAAAGCAGAUAAAACUUAUGUUAACAAUGAGUUAGGGAAGAAAGCGGAUAAAACAUAUGUUAACGAUGAGUUAGGGAAGAAGGCAGAUAAAACAUAUGUUAACGAAGAAAUAAAACAAUCAGAGGUCUAUUUUACUCCGCCAUUUUUAAAUUUUAUGAAAUCAUCAGAUAAAACCUUUGAUAUAGAUUCUUUUGAAUGGAUAUGUUUCGAUGGAGUGACCAUGUAUUUAUUUUAUACAGCUGGAGUGCUUUAUUAUUUUAAAACAAAUGAUUUUAAAAACUAUGAAUCAUUUACUCCAUCUGUUUGGAAUCCUGAUACACGAAAGCCAAUCAUUAAUCCAAGAAUUUUAUAUGUUGAAUAUAAUAACGGUAAAUUUAUGGGAAUGAUAACGGUUGGAGAUGAUUUUUGCCCUUGUUAUUCAUUCGAUUGUAUCCAAUGGUUCAAAUGUAAUUUAAAUCAAGAUGCUAAAUUUAAAUAUCCAAAUAAUCCUAUUAGAUGCGUUAAUAAUAAAUGGGUACUAAUUUAUGAAGUCAAUCAAAUUUUCAUUAGUGAGGAUGGGAUAAAUUAUUAUAUGUUUAGUAUGAUGUCAUCAGAUUUGGAAAUCGAUUAUACAAGUAAGUGGUAUUACAUUAACAACAUGUAUUUUAUCCUACAAAAUGAUAAAAUUUAUAGAUCAUCUUCAAUACCACAAGGUCAAUUUGAACAAAUUUUUCAAGCUGAUGGACACAUUGAAGCUUUAUGUUAUGGAUCAAAUGUUUAUGUUCUCGUUUCAGGUGAAAUGGUCUAUUCAUAUCCUGUAAGUUAUAACAGACAUAUUUAUUUAUCACAGGAUUUAUCAAAUUGGGAAUUG